AUUGUUUUCGAAUCUCUUUCAGGUUUAUUAUGCCUGUACUACCAGUGGUCGAUGAAAAUGACAAAUUCACCAGUGCGAGAUACGGGACAGCUUCUAGACUUUGGGGCAAAAGAAUUGAUGUGUCUGGAAGGAUAUCGAAUGAGAUCUCGUCUGCAAAUGCCAAGUGCCAGAAGUGUCUGGAAAAGGGACAUUGGUCCUACCAGUGCAAGGGCCAGCGCAAAAUAUUGGAGCGAAGCACAAGAACUAAACAGUACGAGACGGACAUGAAGAGAAUGAGAAGUGGACUGCCGCUGGUGCCGAAGCCAGGCUCAGAAUCGAAGGAGAGCACAGCCAAAGCAGACAAAGAAACUGCUGGGGAAUCAGACGCACUUCGUAUGCUUAAGGCACAUUUGGAUGCCGAGGAAUCAUCGUCAGGCUCGGACAGUGACUCAUCUUCAGGCAGCAGUAGUUCAGGAUCCUCUAGUGAUUCGGGCUCUUCCUCCUCAUCUUCAUCUUCAUCCAGCUCAAAAGGAAAAAAGAAAGCAAAAAGACGGAAGACCAAAUAGUCCAAGCAGCCUAAUUGUGUUUUCCCUUCACACCUUUUUCGUCUGAUUUCGAUCGACGAGGUUCUGAAUUCGGCCUCAUGCUACAGAUGGAGAACAAGAGAGUUAGAUGCUCUUUUAUUGAAAUAGAAGUUCGGCAAGUUGUCAUGAUCAAACUUUAACUGUCUUUUUUUUAUCAUUUGUUCAUAUGAAAGUUCACUUGAACGUGUAAAUAAGUGUUCAAUAGUCUAGUGUACGAAUUAACAAAGUGAAAUCUAUCAAAAACA